AACGGAUCGAGACGUGUUAGUUCAAGAUCAGAGCGUUGACUUAACGGUGCGUCGCUGAUUAAAUACAUAUGUACACAUGUUGGUGCAAGUGCAAGUGAGAUGGCAACUAGACAGGACAGAGAGAAAUAAGAAAAAGAAAAUAAAUCCCAAAGAGCGCGAGCAAUGAAGCGUUUUUAGACACUUGCGUCGCCGCCGUCUAUGUCUAUGUUUCGCUGCAUAUUUACACAACAACUGCAAUUAGAAAUUUAUAUCAAUUCAAAAGUAUUAAAACGAAAGAAAAAUCUGUCAUCCAAGUGAAGCAAAACAAAACAAGUGAUUGGAAUAAAUUUGCACCUAAAGUGGAAUUGGAAAAAAGGCAGCGCGUAGUAAAGAAAGCCAAGUGUUAGAGGAGCAACGAAUAUCUACAACAAGAAAAUAGGUAGGCAGGUUCCCACUUGGACUCAGUGCCGUGUAAGAGAUCGUUCGGAGUGGAGCAGGCUCAACCGAGGAGCUGCAGCAAUAUAACUGUAUAAUAAACCAUAACCACUACAACUGUCACUACCAUAUCGGAAUUGGAGCUAGAAGAACAAUAUGACAUCACAUCUGCGUUACUGUGUCCGUUUGGGCAUCAUCGUGCUGGGGAUCUGUUCCAUUGCCGGCGGCAUUUAUCUAUUCCGCCACUGGAUCGAGAUGUUUACACGCAUGCGCGGCAAGGAAAUGGCUCUCAGUCCCACCUCACGAUCUUUCGAGGGCUGGAAGAUCUCACCGCUGCCACUGUACUUCGAUGUUUACAUUUUCAAUUGGACAAAUCCGGAGGACUUUUAUGUGGGUUCUGGCAAGAAGCCACACUUCCAGCAGUUGGGACCCUAUCGGUUUCGGGAGAAGCCCGACAAAGUGAACAUUGCCUGGCACAAUCAAAACGCUUCCGUGUCGUUCCGCAAGAAGUCUGUCUUCUACUUUGAUACCGAUGGCAGCAAAGGCAGUCUCACGGAUGUUGUCACGCAAGUGAAUUCCGUAGCGCAUUCAGCGGCUAGACGAGCAGCCGACUCAUGGCUGGGCAGAGUCAGUGUCAAUAUGGCCAUCAGAAUGUAUGACCAGCGAAUCACCAUAACGCGGUCGGCCGAUGAGUGGCUCUUCAAGGGCUUCGAGCAUCCGUUCAUCAGUUUGGGAAAGAUUAUUCGGCCGGACGAUGUGCCAUAUACCCGUAUUGGUUUUCAGUAUCCACGAAAUGGCAGCUCCGAGUUCGAUGGCGAUAUAAACAUGUUCACGGGUGCCGAUGAUAUCUCGAAGAUGGGACAGAUCUACACGUGGAACAAUCUAACGCAUACGGGCGCCUUUCCGGGCGUCUGUGGUCAAGUCAGGGGCUCAAUGGGGGAGUUCUUUCCCCCCAAUUUGAGCACCAACGACAGCGUGUACAUGUACAUGCCGAAAAUGUGUCGUGCCGUGCCCUUGGACUACACGGAAACGGUGACAGUUCAUGGGAUUACCGCCUACAAAUACAGUGGCACCGAGCACGCCGUCGACAAUGGCACCCUCUAUACGGACACGAGUUGUUAUUGCGUCGGCGGCAAGUGCCGGCCCAUUGGCGUCAUCGAUAUUGGACCCUGCUCCUUCAAUGCCUCGGUGUUUAUGUCGUUCCCACAUUUCUACAAGGGCGAUCCCAGCUAUGUGGAAGCGGUGGAGGGCCUGAAGCCGGAGAAGGAAAAGCAUGAGUUCUUCAUGACGCUGGAGCCGAACGCUGGUGUCCCCAUGGAUGUGGGCGGCGGCUUUCAGGCCAACUACUACAUGGAGCCUGUCAAGGGAAUAGAUAUCUACGAUAAAGUACCAAGCGUCAUGCUUCCCAUGAUGUGGUGCGAGGAGAGGGUUCGCGUUACGGAGGAGAUUGCCGCCGAUAUAGCGCUGGUGCCGCUCAUUGUCCUGCUCGGACAGAUUGUGACUGGUAUACUGUUGGCGGGCGGUCUCAUCUGCACCUGCUGGUACCCCACGCGACAGGUGACACAAUUCUGUCACAGUGAUCCCAAGGCCAAGGCUAAUGCCUUGCGGCCGCUCACCACCUUUGGCGUAAAUCCGGCGGCAGCCACAUUGCCCGUGUCCCAGUUGUUCCGCCACAACACGAACGCUGGGGGCAACGAACGUGUCGGAGUCCGUCUGCUGGACUAUAGGCGAGACUCUGGGCUGCAGGAGCAACAGGACAGCAGCAGCGGCAGCGAGAACUCUCCAAGGGAGCGACUGAUCAAUGAAACGUCUCCCGAUGUGAUAGUUAGAUAAUACAUCGAUUCAACUCACGCAUUCCCGGCGAUGCCACCAUCAAGCAUGAUCCAAGACUCAUUUUCAUCAUCGUAUCGUAGCUUAGAAGAGUAUAAACUGAUGAUAAAGCCAUUUUGCCUUAGCCAAGCCACGCCACCGUACCACAAGUGGCGCCUGGCCCCUUCCUUCAUAUCGCAUCACAUCCGUCGCACAUACAUCCCAUCUACGUCCGCAUUAGGAGUUCCCUCAACAUAUCUGUGCUUUCCGCCGGAUAGCUCGAGAGAGAGAUUAAUAAGAUUAUUUAUUUUAGUGCCAAAAAGAAAAGAGAAGCAGAGAACCCAAACAAAAGUCAUUAACUAUUUUAUUAGCUUAAACUAAACUAAACUAAAUUGUAAAUAAAGGGAGUUGUUAAGUGUUCCCGCACCCGCCCCAUGAUCAUCACCUAUGCCCCGUUUUGUUGAAGUUGUAACACUGCGCACGCCCAAAGUAUUUAUAUUUAUAUGAUAAUAUCAUUAAUUAUUUUUCGUAUUUUUAAAGCGAUAUUCUAGUUUUUAUGCAACUUGAGAUGAAGUGAUAUCAAUUAUGAUUGAUCAUUGAUGAUCAAUCAAUUGAACAGAAAUACGAGCUCGGCAACUAUUAUGCUGCACUGCGAUCCCAAGACAUUUCAAUCAAUGUGAUUGAUCCCUGUAGAUAGGAAGUCUUUUUUAUAUCUUGUACACUACACAUGCACAUAAAUAUAAACAUACAUAUCCUAUCCUAAUAGUUCAAAGAUUUCGGAUAUCCCCCAUAUGUACAUAUGUAAAUCAGUGUAAAGUCGGACAUAAGUUAGUUAGCCUAUUGCUCAGCUGUGAACCCAGGAAAUAUUUCCAAAAAUUCCUUAAGAUACAUUUUGAAUUUAAAGAAAAGAAUAAAACCAAAAAAAAAUACGCC